AUGAAAUCCUUCAUUUUACUCUCUGCGCUGGUAGCAUUUGUGGCUGCCGAUAGUAUCGAAUACUACACAACUGGCAAUGACUAUUACGAUGUUGAUGCUAUGAUGAAAGAUUCUACAAGUUUCAAAAAAUUUGUUGACUGCUAUUUGGACGUCGGCCCAUGCGACGCUCUCACUGCCUCCUUUAAAGUAAACGCGAACGAAGCUAUCGCCACUGCCUGCCGAAGAUGCAACGACGCACAGAAGCAUCUAGUGAACCGUACCUUUUGGGGUUUGAAGAACUUACACCCUGAAUACUAUGAGAAAUUCCAGAAGAAAUACGACCCCGACAACAUUUACUUUGCAGAUUUCGAAAAAGCAGUAGCUGGAUACUGA